UUCACCACACUUUAAACUACGGUCAGAAACUACAAGGCAGUGGUGCUGUCUGCAAACACAACCAAAAAACAAGCGCAGGUUGGUUUUUUUUAGUGCGAUAAGCCGCAAUGGGGUUCAAAGUGGCCGUUUUGUUUGGGUUCUUGCUCCUCCUCUUGGGGGGUGAUCCCCGUGCUGCUGCGCAAAGCUGGCCCGACUUGAGCGCCGACGACACUCCGGACCGAGUCCUCGAGGACCGAGAGGAGGCCAACUCUCCGCUGCCAAGAGCGGGUCGAGGGUCCAAUUGGACGGAGCCCGGCGCUCCAGUCCGUGCCCUCCUCACCUACCGGCUCCGGGUCCACCAGCUCGGGAACCCGGCCGUCACCAAGCAGCCACCGCCCUUCGAGGCGCGGAUAGACUCCACUCAAAACCCGCAGGCGCCGCAGCCCAGGGCGCCGAACCCGGGACAGCCGCAGGUCAGGCCUCAGGAGUCGUUGAAACUUAUUCCGGGCCCCAAUCUGAACCCACUCGUCAAGCCGGUCCAGACACAGACGUUUGAGCAGCGGGUUCCUGUGCCGCCCACCAGUGUGGCGGCGCGCUGUGGCCAAAGGGAGGUCAACGUAGAGGUCAAACAGAACUUCUUAGGAAAUGGCGAGUUGAUCCGUCCCAGUGAUCUGACCCUAGGAGGCUGCGCCGCGUUGGACAUUGAUCACCACAUCCUGCGGUUCCAGUCGGAUUUGCACGGCUGCAGCAGCGCAAUAAGGAUGACUGAAGAAGACCUCAUCUACUCCUUUUCUCUACUGUAUUAUCCCGCUCCCAUUGACAACACCUUCAUUUUUAAGACCAAUCCCACUGAGGUGGUAAUUGAAUGCCACUAUCAAAGGAGGCUUUACGUGAGCAGCGGCGCCAUGAUGCCGACCUGGAAGCCGUUCGUCACCAGCACGCUGGCAGAGCAGAAGCUGCAUUUCUCUGUGCGCCUCAUGACCGAGGACUGGCAGUCGCAGAGGUCUUCCAGCGCCUAUCUCCUGAGUGACGUGAUAAACAUAGAGGCGGCGGUUGACCUCGGCCACCACGUCCCGCUGAGGGUCUUCGUGGACAGCUGCGUGGCAACCGUGAGCCCGGACCCCAACUCUCAGCCCAGAUACCCUUUCAUCAACAACCACGGGUGUUUAAGUGAUACCGAGGUGACUGGAGCAAAGUCCUACUUCAUGCCGAGAAGGCGGGAGGAUAAACUUCACUUCCAGCUGAGAGCCUUCAGGUUCCACAACAACCAGAGGAAUUCGCUCUACAUCACCUGUAACCUGAAAGCAACGCAAGUCUCUAAACCCAUUGACUCGCAGCACAAAGCGUGUUCCUACUUGACCGAGGCUAGAAGAUGGGUGGCAUCCGGUGGCGACAACAAGGUGUGUAGCUGCUGCGAGACCAGCUGUGGCGCGCAGAGACAGAAGAGAAGCCUCGCGGCGGCUGUCGAACCACAUUGGGAGGGGACGGCGGCUCUAGGCCCCAUCCAGAUGGAGGAGGGCAUCCUGCCGGAAGAGCUGACCGAGCACUCAGCUCUCCAAACGCACAAAGUGACUCCAGCAGCCUCGCAUCCUUCCGCCGCCCUGCUGUGUGCAAUGAGCGUGUCCCUUGCCGUCCUGCUGCUGUUGGUGUUCAUGGGGGCCGUCGGUCACGACGGACACCACAAACUCACUGGCCACUUUGUUUGCACCUGAUUAGACAAUAAAACUAUCUGAACGUCUCA